AAAAUGAAAUUAAAAAGCAGUUUUCAGAAAGUGAUAAUAUUAACAAAAAUUUUACAAUAAUUAAAGAAGAACUAAAAUAUAUAUACAUUAGCAAACCAUUUAACACAUUGGAAAUUAGUGAAAGAUUAUCAAAACUAAAUCUUAGUAAAUCUGCUGGUAUAGAAAUUCCUAAUAGUAUUUGA